AUGAAGCCUGGAGCGAGUCUGAUUUUCCUUUUCAUAGCCAUAGCUUUGCUGGAUCUAGGGAUUGCCCAAGCUUCCCCUUUCAAGACAAAUAAGCACGCCAAGCGGAGAGUAAAAGAGAAAAAUGGUGACCUUAAGAGUCAAAUUGACAAGCUUUGGAAAGAGGUAAAUGCGCUGAAAGAAAUGCAAGCCUUACAAACAGUCUGCCUUCGUGGAACAAAGAUCCACAAGAAAUGCUACCUGGUCUCUCAAGGUGCAAAACAUUUCCACGAAGCCAACGAAGACUGCAUAGCCAAAGGUGGGACCCUUGCUAUUCCCAGAGAUGGAGAUGAAACCACAGCCCUAAGAGAGUACAGCAAGAAGGGCUUACCAGGGGUGGCAGAGUUUUGGCUCGGUGUCACUGACAUGGUAAAUGAGGGAAAAUUUGUGGACGUCAACGGAAUGGUCUUGAACUACUUCAACUGGGACCGUUCACAACCCAACGGGGGGAAGCGUGAGAACUGUGUCUUGUUUUCUCAGCCAGGUCAAGGAAAAUGGGUGGAUGACGUCUGCCGUACUGUUAAACAUUACAUUUGUGAAUUCCUGAUCCCUUAG